AUGCAAGCAAUCCGCUCGUUACUCGCCUCCCUCUGGGAAUCCACCAGCUUCUGGAAAGCUGCCGCGCUCCUUUUCGCCCUGCUCAAUCUAAAGACCCUCCCGAUCGUCUGGCAUCUGCGCGUCUACCGCUACUUCUUUCAGCAUGGCUAUCUCAUAACCCCCGCCGUCGAGCAGCCGGCCCGUCCGUCCACGCAGAUCCUCAAGCCCGUCAGCCUCUUCUCGCGCGCGCCCAUCAUGGAGCUCGAUUUCAAUAUGCACAAGUCCAACUCGACCUAUUUCUCCGAUCUCGACGUGUCGCGCACGGCGCUGAUGUCCAGUCUCGUCGUCAAGGGCGCUGCGCUGUUGGAGCGGCGCCUCGAAGCGCAGGGCAAGAAGGGGUUCCUUGGAUUCAUCCUCGGCAGUGUCUACACCACGUUCAAGCGCGAGAUUCCGGCGUAUAUGAAGUACGAGGUCAAGUCGCAUGUCGCGAGUUUCGAUAACAAGUGGAUCUACAUUAUUACGUAUUUCCUUCGGCCGGGAAAGAAGGGCUCGGAUAAUGAGGAGGUGCUGAAGAAGAGGUUGCUGGCGGUGUCGAUUAGCCGGUAUGUGUUGAAGAAGGGCCGGUAUACUGUCCCGCCGAAGGAUGCGUUUGAGGCGGCCGGAUAUACUCCUAUCCUUGCGACUGCGGAUACCAACGGACAUGCGACUGGAGCUGAAAAUGGACAUGCCAAUGGGGACGCUGUGUCGCGGAAGGAAGCUGUCAAUGGCGAUUCGGAUGAGUGGGAGCGCCUGAAGAAGGAGAUCGAUCAUGGACUGGACGUUGUCGCGCCCUUCAUUGAUCAGGAGGAGAAGCUGCUCGACGACUAUGUCGACAAGAUGCGUCGUCCUGGAUUUGCAUAG